UUAUUUGAAGUUUUAUUGACUGCUACUAGAAGCCCGACGUUUGUGAAGGUUGUUGUGAAGGAUGUAUAUGAGUUAGUCUACUACACUAUUGGUUUCCUUCAAAUGACUGAAAGCCAGGUUCAAUCCUGGUCAGACGAUGCUCACAAGUAUAUUGCUGAUGAGGAUAACAGAACUUCCUGUCGUGCAUACAGUGCACUUCUGCUGCAAGAGGUAAUAUCUAACUGCGGGACCGAAGGCAUAAAAGCAGUGAUCGAGUCUGUAGAAUUGCGAAGAUACGAGUCCCAACAGGCGAAAGAUACUGACUCUCCUGAUUGGUGGAUAUUAAGGGAGGCUGCCCUGUAUGCUUUGGCUGCUUUGGCUUCUGUGCCUAAACAGUUGUUGCUUGAUGAAGUAGAGGUUUCUGGUUCCACUGUUGGAGCUAUGCUACGGCGAAUUUUAAGUGAUGACAUGGCAGAAGGCUUCCAUGACUACCCCUUUCUUUGUGCCCGCUUAUUUUCAUCUGUUGCAAGAUUUUCUUCCAUGAUGAACAACCAAGUAACAGAUGACUUCGUAUGUGCUGCUAUGAAGACAAUUGGAAUGGAUGUACCUCCACUAGUUAAAUUUGGUGCUUGUCGAGCUUUAUCUCAGCUUUUACCAGAUGCCACCACCGGAAUUGUUCAAGAUUAUACGGUGGACUUAUUCUCGUCACUUAUAGAUCUUCAAAAAAAU